UCACGCGAGAUAGCGUGCGUGACAAACAUUGCACAAAAAUCAAAGAAUAUAUUUACUAUUUAAAUAAAUCGAUUGCAUAAAAAAUCUAAAUAGAUUUCUGGGCCGCUUAUGUUAUAAUUUUUAUUUUAUAAUCCAAAGUUUCGACAGUUUCACAAGAUUGUAUUUAUAACAUGUCGGGUGGCUUAGUUAUAUGUGAUAUUGAUGAAGACCUUUGAAGAAAAUAAAGAAAUUUAAGAUGCGCAAGGAGAAAAAUAAUGCUGCUAUAAUCAUGAAAAUCAACCAAGAGAAACUACUUAUUGAGGAAGAUGAAGAGUUAGUUGAUAUGACAAUUGAGGAGUUUCAGGAAUCUUUGCCAGCGCAUAUACCUUCAUAUUCUGUCGUUUCAUAUGUUUACAAACAUGAUGAUGGUCGUGUUUCAUAUCCAUUUUUCUUCCUUUAUGUUUCUCCUCAAGGGUGCAAGCCUGAACUUCAAGUGAUGUAUUCUGGAUCAAAAGUGAAUUUAGUCCAUCAGUGUGGGGCAACAAAGGAUUUUGAAGUAAGAAAUGUGGAUGAAAUUAGUGAGGACUGGUUGAAAGAAAAAUUGAGAUUCUUCAGAUGAGUUUAUGUGAAUGACAUCUCUUACUACUUAAUUGAAAACAGUGAAUUGAAUGUAAAUUUUCUACUAAUCAUACAUUAUGCAUUGUAUGUCUACAUAAGUAUUUUUCCACCAAUUUUAAACAUUUUCGUUAAAACACAAUUUAUGAAAAUUAAAUAUAGUGUCUUGUUGUUA